CUGACUGGCAGCACUGCUGGGCUGCACUGGUGGGUGGCACUGGUGGGCAGCACUGGUGUGUGGGCACAGGUGGGUAGCACUGGUGGGCACAGGUGGGUGAGCACAGGUGGGUGGCACUGCUGGGCACAGGUAGGUGGCACUUCUGGGCACAGGUGUGUGACACUGCAGAGUGGCACAGGUGGGUGCACUGCUGGGCAAAGGUGGGUGAUCUGCUGGGCACAGGUGGGCGGAGCUAGUGGGCGCAUUGCUGGGCACAGGUGGGUGGAACUUGCGGGUGGCACUGCUGGGCACCGAUCAUCACGGCACUGAUCAUCAGUGCCCUGAUGAUCGCAUGUCAUUGGACACCGCUGAUCAUGUGGUA